AUGGCUCCUACCGUGCCCCAGACCCCUGUGGGUCUGGCCGUGGUCGGAUCCUUGCUGGAGGAUUAUCCCUCUCCUGGCCUUGGGAAGUGUUUCCUCUACUGCAAUGGGCUCAUGGACCAUCUGUACGUCUGCCAGAAUGGCAUCGGCUGCACCGCCUGGUACAAGGCCCCCACCCACUUCACCGGCACGCUGGAUGCCUUCGUGAAGAUCACGCGCUACGAGGGCGUCAGGUCUCUGUGGAGCGGCUUGCCCCCCACCCUGGUCAUGGCUGUGCCAGCCACCGUCAUUUAUUUCACCACCUACGACCAGCUCCGGGACUACCUGCACGCUCGGACGGGAAGCCGGGGGCACCACAUCCCCUUGCUGGCCGGGGCCCUUGCCAGGCUGGGCGCUGUGACGGUCAUUAGCCCCUUGGAGCUCAUCCGCACCAAGAUGCAGUCCCGGCAGCUCAGCUACCGGGAGCUGGGUGUCUGCAUCCAGUCAGCAGUGGCUCAGGACGGCUGGCUGUCCCUCUGGAGGGGCUGGGGACCCACCGUGCUGCGAGACGUCCCCUUCUCAGCUCUCUACUGGUUUAAUUAUGAGCUGGUGAGGGAAUGGCUCUGCGGGCAAGCUCGGCUGGAUGAGGCCACGUUCAUGAUCAGCUUCGCAUCCGGGGCCAUCUCCGGGACGGUGAGUUUGGGGCUCUGUGGUCUGCACCGUGCCCAGCGGCAGAUCGAGCUGGGAGACAGCGAGGUGCACCCAGUCACAGCCUCCAAGCCUUCCUCCACCUGGCUACUCAUGCGGCGCAUCCAGGCCGAGUCUGGCACCCGGGGGCUGUUUGCAGGCUUCCUGCCCCGUGUCAUUAAGGUGGCACCUGCCUGUGCCAUCAUGAUCAGCACCUACGAAUUUGGCAAGACCUUUUUCCAGAAGCUGAACCAGGAGCGGCGGCUGCGCGGGUUGUGA